AUAUUUUUUCAUAGAAUUUAGGAGAAAUUGCCCAAAAGAAAAAAUAAAUGAAUUUAAGAGAAAAAUAUUUUAAUUCACCAGCAGAAAUUUGUGAAUAUUAUAUAGUAUUUGUUAAAAAAAAAAAAAUAAUUGACCAAUUUUUCUCUUCUAUACAAAUUUAUUUUGUAUUGGGUAUUGAGCGAAAUCGGGUAUGAAAGUGAAUUGAGCGAGUGAAACCGAGGAAGAAAAGAAAAUGGGAGGAGGAAGCAGUGAAUGCAGUAGCAGUGGGGAGGAAGAUGGAGAUGCGGAGUGGAAAUCAGCCAUAGACUCAAUCGCCGCCGCCACCACUUUCGUGUCCUCUUCUGCUGCCAAACCACCCGUUUCCUCUGCCGAUGGCGAUGAUUCUGACGAGAAACCCAAAACCAAACGGCUCAAGCACUACCAACUCAAGGCACAAAAGAUUUUGGAUGAUAUAUUGGAAAGGACCUUGGUGAUUGUGAAGGAACAUAUUAGAAUCCCAGAAACGGAUCCUAUGAACGAAGAAGGUGGCAUUCGAUUAUUCAAAAAUGCUCCACCUGGGAUAGUGUUUGAUCACGUUAAUGAACUUCAACAACCAAGAAAGAGGCCGAGACUUCUUCCUGGAAAAGAAUUAGAUGAGAAAUCAAAGAAGUUCAGACGAAGACUCAAAUCCGUUGCUGUUGAUGGGGAGGAUAUAAUUGCUGCAGCAAGAAACGCAUUUCAAAAGUCAUUAGCUAAGUUCGAAGCUAAAGAUGCAGCUGCAAAAGUGGCAGCCCGAAGAGAAGAAGAAAGAGUUGCAGAGCUGAAAAGGAUUAGAGGAGAGAGAUGGUUACCUUCCAUUGCCAGAGAAACACGGUUGAAGCAGCGGCAUUGAAGUGCCAAGAGUUCACACUCUACAUUCACAUGGUUGUCCCACUGAGCCGUACACAACGGCUCCUUCCAAUUUGUCAUGGAGCGAAAUCGUUGCUGGCAAACCACUUUAUUGGACCUUUCUAUAUUUCUUGUAUGGUCGUUUGUAUGUAACGGACAAAUUAUACAAAUGAGACUAGAUGUCAGUGUGCGGUAAUGGCCGACGGCCUUUUACUAGGCGUUAAAAGAAAGUCCCAAUAUAUUUAUAUUGGGACUUUUAAAUAUAUGGUACUUUAUAAAUCUUUUGCUUAUGUAAACCAAGUUUUUUAAAAAUAUAUAUAGAAAGCUUUUAUUGGUGCAUUAA